ACACUCCCUCUGCACUCUUCCAGUCACACACACACACACACAUAUACACAUCCUCCUGCAGGAGUUCCAGGACUUCUACAGAAUCUACUGUUCAGUAGUUCCUCGACACAGUCUCACCAGCACUCUCAUUAUGACCUCCAGCAGGACGAUGUGGUCACUGGUUGUGGUGGCGAUGGUCGUCGUAGUGGUCACACUGGGUCCGACUGGCGUCCGUGGACGGUCCGUGGAAGGGUCGGUGAGGCUGGAACGACUGCUGUCGGCCGGGUCAUCUUCAGCACCUCUGGGUUUCCUCUCACAAGAUCACAGCCUCAACAAGAGACAAGUGUUCGACCAAGCUUGCAAAGGCGUCUAUGACCGAGCACUCUUCAAGAAGCUUGACCGAGUUUGUGAUGAUUGUUACAACCUCUAUCGUAAACCUUACGUUGCUGCCUCCUGCAGGGGAAACUGCUACAGUAACAUGGUGUUCCGUCAAUGUCUGGAUGUGCUCCUUGUAGACGUUGUCGACGAGUACAUCUCCGGCGUCCAAACUGUCGGCAAAUAAGUCGAUGUGUCUACCAUAACUACCCAUGCCUCAUCUUACCAUCUCCUCCACAACACAAGCCACUUCCUGCCACAAAUACUACUAACACCACCAUCUGGUACACCUCGCCCGCCACAGCUACCAAACUCCCCCAUGAUAAUAAUCAACUGUUGAUCUGACCGAGUCUGUGUGACUGUGAACUUAAGACAUUUUUGACCACUUGAGGAAGCUGUUGGAUGACUGUACACUUUCUUAAUAUCUUGAUAACUAAUAGCGAAUUUCCGGACUCCCUGAGCAAGUUGAAGCCGUCAAGAAACAUGCUAGUGCGUUAUUUUGUUGAUACUGCAAUUUAAAGUCGGUAUCACAAGUGUAAGGAAGCCAGUGAGGGCUGAGACACAAUCUCAGACCUAUAAACGUCCAGGAACUCCUAAAUGUUCCUCCAGAAUUGAAGAAUUAGACACAUGUACAGCAUUAGAUGUUGCACAUGUGUCUAAUUCUUCAAAUUGUGUUGAAUACUAUAUAUGCACAUCCUCCAGAAUUACCAGAGGAACAGUCGGAGCGCCAGUGCUUCUCCCUAGUGGGCCUGGAGAGCAAUAGUCCAAUAAACUGCUUGAAUUACCACAGAAUAAUUAUCGAAGGAAACCACCCACCCGGAGCCACUAUCACAUGGACUUGGAGUCACCAUCACCUGAGAAGUCACUAUCAGUUGACAGUGUGUCCUACCCUCUUCCUAGUCAAUGGCAGCUGUUGUCGUUCCGUUAUUGAUGGACUCGUAUAUACAGAUAAAUAUUUAUAUAUUGACAUAUAUGACUACCUUCAGGUAUAUCAUUAUUAUUCGCUCAUUUGAGCAACAGUCAUUGUGAGUGUCUCAAUCACUAUAAUUUCUAGUUAUAAUAUUAUUGAAGACAAGAUUAUAGCUAUAGACGCGAGUUGAGGAGUCUCACUGGAGGUGUUCAGUAAUACACAAUGAUUCUUCUCUAGUUUUGAAGUCCCGGGGAAUAAAAAAAAAAGUCCCGGCGAAUCAAGAAGGAAGGAAGUCCACUUAAUAC